AAAGCAAGUCCAGGUCCAACUUCAGCUCCCUCUAUGUGAAAUCCAUGUCCACUGCGGAGUCCUCGUCUUCAGGGAUGUCUCUGGACUCCAAUGCGGACGGUCUGGACACGCUGCUAGCUUAUGUGAAACUGACCAAUAUCACCGCAGUUCACGACACAUCGACAGCUGAUACUAACACUGGCUUUAGUCUCACUAAUCUAUCCUUUGUGGCCAAACCUGGAGAGCUGGUAGUAAUUGUUGGACCAAGUGGGUGCGGAAAGUCGUCGGUGUUGGAUUGUAUCCUGGACGAGAUGGUAGUUGUGGAGGGUGACAGAGUUGUGAAGGGGGCCAUCGCGUAUGCUGCCCAGGAGGCCUGGAUCUUAGGGGGUACUCUGAGAGACAACAUUCUCUUUGGGAAGCCGUACCCCAUGUAUGACGAAGAGUAUCAGCAAGUGGUGGCUGCAUGUUGUCUUACUAGGGACUUUGAGAUCAUGCCAGAUGGUGAUCAAACUGUGGUCGGAGAGAGGGGAGCUGGAUUGAGUGGAGGCCAGAAGGCCCGAGUUGGUCUAGCAAGAGCUGCCUACAGAGACGCAGACAUUGUGCUGUUAGAUGAUCCAUUAAGUGCAGUAGAUAACCACGUCAGCAAGGAGCUAUUCGAGAACUGUAUCAAGGAGUAUUUGAAGUCCAAGGUAGUCAUUUUGGCCACACAUCAGACGCAGUACCUCUCACAAGCCACCAAAGUCAUUAUCCUCCAUGACGGAGAUAUGCUUGGCUGUGGGUCGCUGGAAGAAUUGAGUGCUCAGGGCCUGGACGUGAGCCAGUUGAUGAUGAGUGAGGAGGAAAUGGAGAAGGCCAAAACUGAGAUUCCAGAAGAUGUGCCUCUGGAGGCUAUAAUGGAUGUGGCAAGAGUCAGUGAUGGGGAGUACUAUGGAAGCAAUUGGGAGCAGGACUCGGACGCCAGCUACACCUUCUACGCGGACAACUCUGUCCGAACGGACGACUCACUCUCUGUUAUGAAUAGUCGAUAUAGAAGGAGGCGUAGGAGCACACAGGUGACAGUACAAGACCGGCAGUCCUCUCAUAGCAGUGGUGCUCCUCUGUGGAUGCCGACUAUAGAUGUGGAUGGAAUCAGAAACGACAUUCUUCCUAAUGGAAGCAAAAAGUCUUCGCAUAAUAAUAUUCGCAAGCAAAGACAGAAUUCGCUAACUCGCAAGAAUACAAAGGGAUCCAUGGGCAUCCUCGAAGUCGGAUCUUUGCCGAUGUUCUUCUCGGAUGGAUCUCGCGCAAUCAUGGAAGACUCCAAGGAGGAUGAGCAAAUGCUGCUGGAUAUUAUGUCCCACCAUACUCUGGAUGGGAACCCGAGGCCCAAACAUGACAGGAGAAAACAUGAGAACAGACUGUCCACUGAUGCGGAGGGGGAAGAGGAGGAAAAGGACACCAAAGACACCAAAGACAAAGAAAAGGGAGUGGAGACCGAACAGGUGGGACGUAUCAAAAUUUCGCUCUAUGUGCACUUGUUCCGGGUAUCCGGUCCAGUGGUGGGCACUCUGCUGAUUAUUCUGCUGGGCAUGAGUGCGAUCGCAUGUCAAAUCACAGCCGACCGAUUCCUCACCUCCUGGUCCAGCAAUAAUUUGAGACGUGAAAGUACUGAGACGUUGACUGGCGACUCAACUUUAGUCAGGUCAAGUGGGAGGUCUUCUAAAAACGAAACGGUAUGCGAAGUGGAUCCUUUGGAGCAUGACGCGGAAUACAUGCGCAUCUACAUUGUUUUCAUAGCCGUGUUUGUGUUUCUCAAUGUGGUUUCCUCAGCUACCUUCUGUGUUAUUCUGGCCCGAGCCAGUCAGAGGAUUCAUGACUUCAUGUUCACGCGCAUGUUGAGAGUGGUCACGAAAUUCUUCGAUGACCAUCCAUCGGGUCAGAUCCUGAACAAGUUCUCGAAGGAUGUGGGUAUUGUGGAUAUUGACUUGAACAGAUGCUUCUUCGAUUUCUCCAGAUUGGCCUACAUGUUCCUGGGCUACUUCAUCGCCAUCUCAAUUGUGAAUGCGUAUGUGCUCUGUCUCAGCAUCCCUCUCCUCAUCUGCAUCCUAGUUGUCAGAAUGAUAUUCCUGCCCGGAUCCAGGGCCAUGAAGCGAAAAGAGGCUGUCGCUCGCAGUCCAGUAUUUACACACAUCUCAGUGAGUCUGUCAAAUUUGGGAUCCAUUCACGCCUACUGUCAAGAAGACUUCAUGCGCAGAGAAAUGGUGCAAUUCAUUGACACCCACACCGGCUUCUGGUUUCUCUUCGUGGCUGCCAGUCGCUGGUUCGGAACAGUCAUAGACAUGGUCAUGGCAGUGUUCCAGAGCUCGACCAUAGUGCUGGGGGUGUCGUUCUGUGUGUACCAAAUCAAUAACUUCGGACCCUCUGGAUUGGGAUUCAUGGUGUACUAUGUGUUUGCGCUGUUAGUCAUUUGUCAGUAUAUGUUGAGACAGUCAUGCGAAGUGGAUAUACUUAUGACGUCAGUUGAGCGCAUCAGAGACUACUAUGAUCUGCCGAUAGAGGGCGACAGUGAUGACGUCAUACAGCCUGAUCCCAGGUGGCCGACUAGUGGAAAGAUAGAGCUGCGCCAUGCUUCCCUCAAAUACGACGCAGAAGAUGGCAGCUCCAAAUACGCACUGAGGGAUCUCACGGCUAUGAUUGAGCACGGUGAAAAGAUCGGAAUAUGCGGCCGCACGGGUGCGGGAAAGAGCUCUUUGAUUGUGGUGCUGACUAGACUUUUCGAGCUCUCUGAAGGACAGAUCCUCAUCGAUGGAGUAGACUGUGCUAAGAUACCUAUGUCCACACUUCGAAAAGCCAUAUCCAUCAUACCACAAGACCCUGUUCUGUUCUCAAGAACUGUGCGAGAGAACCUAGACCCGUUCAAGAACUACCCGGAAGAAGUGAUCCGAGAUGCUUUGGAAAGAGUUGAGAUGUUGGAACCCCUGGAGAGGUUGCCGCACGGCCUGGACACUAUGGUAGCGGAGGGAGGUUCCAACUUCAGCGUGGGACAGAGGCAGUUGCUAUGUCUUGCCAGAGCGCUGAUUAGCGAGACAAAAGUAUUGCUGGUGGAUGAGGCAACUGCAAAUGUUGAUUUUUCAACGGACGAGUUGAUCCAGAGGACUCUACGUGAAGUGUUCGCAGAUGCAACUGUGCUGACCAUUGCUCACCGACUCAACACCAUUCUCGACUCAACUAGAAUAAUCGUACUGGAUGCAGGUCAAAUAGUGGAGUUUGGGUCACCCGAGGAGUUGAAGCAGAAGCCAGACGGAUUCUUCCACAACCUACUCAAACAAGGAGAAGACGAUAUGUGAUCAUUCACGCUCAAAUAUAUUUGAACGAAUUUAAAGAAUGCACAAAUGUCCAACAUGCAACUAAUGCAACUAACUUAACAAUUUUUAUAGGUUUUCUUCCAUUUUCUAUUCUUAUAGGUUUUCUUACGGCCAGCUA